GUUUCCGCUGGCGAGCUCCGUGAUGCGCCCAAGCAGCCGUCCAGACGCAGCAUCCGGAGGGAAGAAGCGCUGAGGCGUCUCGGCUGGGAAGCGAGAGCUCGGGCCGGGCCAAGCCGAGCGGCCACCGGUUCAGGCGGUGAAAGUGGAAGCCUCUCGCAGGACUCCCACAUGCGACCCGCCAGCGCGAGGCCGGUCCCUGCUGCGCCAGUCGCCAACGCCUGGGCAGUUGCAGCCUCGCCUCGCUCUGGGUAGCCCUGCCCAGCAGUUCCCGCCACCCCUUCCCUCUCUUUCUCUUUGAUACCAUGUGGGGCUAGUGGAAGUGAUGGGAUUGCUGCUCUGCAACCUGAAGCAAUAAAUAAACAUGGAGGCCGCUGCUAAGUCAGGCGGCGAGGAGGAGGAGCGCAACUACCCGGGAAACGGCGAGGAGUCUCCUGCCGACUCGGCUAUGGACAGCUACCUGCGAUCUCAGGGAUUAUACCGCAAGCGGGUUGCGAAGGACGGCUCUUGCCUCUUCCGAGCCGUGGCGGAGCAGGUUUUCCACUCUCAGGCUCAGCAUAUCGCCAUUAGGAUGUCCUGCAUAAACUACCUGCGGAAAAACAGAGAAAAGUUUGAAGCGUUUAUAGAGGGACCAUUUGAAGAAUAUUUGAAAAGCUUAGAAAAUCCACAGGAAUGGGUUGGACAAGUGGAAAUAAGUGCCCUUUCUCUUAUGUACAAGAAAGAUUUUAUAAUAUAUCGAGAACCAGAUUCUCCUCCUUCACACGUAACUGAAAAUGGCUUUCCUGAUAAGGUUUUGCUAUGCUUUUCAAAUGGAAGUCACUAUGAUAUUGUCUAUCCUAUAGAAUAUACUGUCAAUGCUGCACUUUGCCAGUCUAUUCUGUAUGAAUUGCUGUAUGAGAAAGUGUUUGGUAUUGAUGUGGGUAAAACAUUAGAGGAGCUCGUCCCUCCUGAUGUGAUCAAGGAUGGCAGUGGGAGCUGUGAAGAAUCUGAUUCAGAGGAUGAAAACCUAGAAAGUGAAACAGCUGCUGCAACAACUGAUGCGAAUGGACUGAAGUCUUUGGUGAGCAAGAAGGGUCCCAGAAAUGAAAAACGCGCUUCCAUCGCCUUGUCUGCAAAAGUUCUUCGGUUGCUCAAUCCAGCAGUGUACCACAACAUUGAAUAUUCCAACUGGCAACAAACAAAACGAGAUCAGCAAAAGCGAGAUUUUUCUAUUGCUGCUGGCAUGCAGUAUUCAGUUGGAGAUAAAUGUAAAGUGCGUUUAGACCACAAUGGAAAAUUUUAUAAUGCUCACAUCCAAGACGUGCAGUCUGCAAAUGGACCAGUGGUUGUCUUUGUGGAAGAGCUUGGUGCCAGGCAUUCUGUUCUGCUAAAGAACCUUAAACCACUUCUGCAGCCUACCCCUGUGGAAACCUGGAGCACUGUGUCAGGGAAGAAGAUGAAAAGGCCCACUUCAGUGCAUGGGCAAAUUGUUCCGACAGAUGGAGAUAGCCGAGGGUCAAAGAAUCCAGGCAAGCUGAUAAAAGCUCCAUCGGCACGGCCUCCUCGACUGCAAGCAGCCAGGGAGCAUCACACAUCCUGUCCCGGGCUGUAUUCUCAGCAAACCUCUCCUGAGCACAAAACUCUAGGCAGAAGUUCAUCACAGGUUGCCAGAAAGAUGGACCGUGAAAGAACGAAUGAUUUGGACUAUGCCAGUAGAGAUAAUUAUGGCCUUUCUCCAGAGGAACGCAAAGAGAACCAGGCUGUAGAAGAAACGUGUUCCCCUUACGAGCUUCAGCUGCAGGAUGAAGAAGCCUUUCCUGCUCUUUCUAAUCCAGCAGUGUCUCAGGUAUCCACUCAAACCACUGGUAACUGCGGACAGAGGAAACUUCCAGCUCCUAAGUCAAGAACAGCCAACCACCUGAAAGAAGAAAAGGAGAAGAAAAGAGACGAAGUGGGAGCAAAAGAAGAAAAAGACUUGAAUCUGAUGGAAAAAUCUCUAGAUCUGAAGCUUGAGAUAGAAAUGCCUGAGGUAAAUAUUGAGAGGUGUCAGAACAGGGAAGAUGCCUCUGUUCCAGCAGUAUCACCUCCUUCAAGUCAUGGAGAUGCUCAACCCCCAUCUGUUGAACAAAAGUUGCCAGAACUCUUACCUGAUGUCAGCCACACUCCAUCUCCGGUUUUUCCUGAGAUGCAUUUGCCUCCUGCAGUGCCUUCUGUACCAGCCAUUGUGCCAGCUUGGUCCAGUGUGCCACCAACCUAUGGGCCAACAGGUUUUCCACCCCAAAUACCUGGGCCAUCAGUAAUGCCAUCUUCAGCCACUGGUCUAGAUUCCCCUCUCACCCAGACGACAUCUAGUCCGGUUGCCAGCAUUCCAGUACCACUGCAAGCUGUUAGCCAGCCUCUAAUGCCGAUGUCUCAAACACUGAAUCCAUACCAGGAUCCACUGUAUCCCGGAUUUCCCCUUAAUGAAAAGGGGGAGCGAGUCAUGACCCCUCCUUAUUCCUUUUGCAGCACGGGAGAGGAUCUUCCAAAUGAUAAAAAUGUUCUCAGAUUUUUCUUCAAUCUUGGUGUGAAGGCAUACAGCUGUCCCAUGUGGGCUCCACACUCCUAUUUGUAUCCUCUGCAUCAGGCUUGCUUGACAGCUUAUAGAAUGUAUCCAAAGGUGCCAGUUCCAGUGUAUUCUCACAAUCCUUGGCUGCCAGAAGUACCUUUGACUCAGAAUGGAAAUGGAGCUUUACAAACAGAAGGCCACUUUCCUAUGCAGAAUGAAGUUACAGUGAACGGCCAGAGCCCACAUACUGAAACCAUGCCUCCUCCAUCUUUGCCCCUCUUCAUACCUACUACUCAAGUGCCUGAAAACCAAGGACUUGUCUGUAUAGAGUCUGAGAAUCCUGCACAGACACUUCACACUGAAUAUGAUGAGUCACUGGGACGGAAAAGCAUAUUCCCACAACCUCCAUUUGGGCAGAGUCCAUUCUUGGGACCUGUUCCAGUUGCACCUAUUUUUCCUCACCUUUGGUAUGGGUAUCCCAUUCAGGGCUAUGUUGAAAAUUCUGUGGCAAGACCAGUUGCUAUGCCUCCUGAGGACACACGAAAUGCUGUGUAUUUGCCUAAGGAGUGCACUUCUCCAGCUCCAGCCGCAGGAUGUGUUGAGUCACUUCGGAAGGCCAAGGAUGAAAGCAGCGUCCAACACCUUCCCUUCUCUACGGCUACUGCACAAGGUGAAUGUGGUGGUCUCAGUUUAAACUCAGCCAGGGUGCCUAAAGAGAAGCAGACUUGUACUGCUGCUCUGUCUGCUACAAAAACAAAGUCUGUACUCCAGAAUUUCCCCACAGAGACAGAGGAUAGCAAGAGACAAACAGCGUCAGUACUAGUGAUGCCCCUACCAAAUGCUGCAUCAAAGAGUACCUCUCUUUGUCCUAAAGAAAAGACAGAUAAAACUGGCGCAACUAGCAGCUUAACAACCAGCUUGGAGGAAAGUAAGGUACAAAGGCCAAGGGAAGAGAGUUCUGAAGAUGAAUGUGAAGUUUCUGACCUGCUGAGAAGUGGUCGGUCAAAGCAAUUUUAUAAUCAAACUUAUGGUGGAGGUAGAAGACCCAGAAGUGAAUGGAGCUACCCUCCUGGGAGGGGGGGAUAUUAUUACCCAAGAAAUGAGGAAGCAUGGAAAGGGCCAUCUUACAGAAGCAGAGGUGAAGGCUAUCGCUGUCACCGCAGUUCUAGAGGGAGGCCAUAUCGCAAUGAGAGGAGAAGAGCAAACAUGGGAGAUGGUCAUCGGGGGCAGCAGUUCCCUUAAGAGAGACUUGGGAUCCUUCCAACCUGAAUACCGAUGCUGAGAGAGUUAAAAUAUGCCCUAAUGCUCACAUGCUUUCUGCUUGCUUUAAAGACCAGAAUACCCUAUUAUUUUUAGAGUUGAAGUGAGGGGAAACAACUUUUUAGUGUUACUUUUUGUUUUAAAAUGUUUGGUUUUGUUUAAAUCCUUCAUAGUUGUGGUUAUGAGAACCUGUGUUACGUUUGGACUUUCUCCCCCAAAGAUUUGAGUUUGUGAUGGAGUAAAGUGGUUUGUAAUGAAACCUUCUUGCAAUUGAGUAUGUUGACACAUUAUGAUGAAGAAUGUUGCACCAAAUAGAAUGUAUAUCCUAACAUACUGUAUCUUGGGGCUCUGUUAUGCUACCAGAAUUCUCAGCAUCCUGGACUGUUGUCUUUGUGCUUCCAAUCCAAAGGCCUUCCAUCUCGAAACUUGUGAAACUUGAAUGUGUGGGGUUGUGUGUUUCUGCUUCAAUGAAUUACCAUGUAUAGUGGUCAACUAUUCUUGUGUCUUAGAUGUUUUAUUCAUAGGGAUAUUUUUUAAUUUUAUAAAGUGUUUCUUGUACUAGUAAAAGCAAUCCAGAAUACCUGCGUGGAGAACUGGCAAGAAAUUCAGUUUAGUGGUGAAUUCUUCCAAGCAAUCCUAGCACUGGUAUGACCCUAAUGGUGCCUAUGCCAAUUAUGUAUUAUAAAACAAGGAUAGAUGCUGUGCAUUUCCAAAAUAGUUUGCCUCUGUUACAAUAGUUAAAGACACUUUUGCACUGACAAAUCCCUAAACGGUUGCUACAGGAAAGAUUCGUGAAAUAACUCCAGUUGCUUUUUUUUCUAAAGCAGGGCUUACGUGAUGAGUUAGUAUUUAGUCUCUUUCCUUUAUGCACUGUAAAGGCUAGUAAUACUUUAUAAAAUUUCUUAAGUGGCAGUCUUGUAGAAUUGGAGGCCUCUGUCCUAUUUUACAAUGUCAUUCUGAUUGCUGCCUUCUGUAAGAUUGAAUUGUGUAUAUUUGUAUAUAUUGGUGUAAAAGGUGAAGGUUACUUUUUAUUAAUGUCCAAAAAAUUCUAUAGCCCUUUUGAGCAGGAGACUUGAAUAAUGCCAUGUUUGUGAAUUAUCUUCAGAUGCAUGCUGUGUAUUUCUGAUUAAAAUAUGUUUGUUCUUUGACUUGUA